AUGAACGAGUGCUCUAAGUUACCUGUAAUUGAACUGUCCAUUUGUCCGCAGUGGCCUUUUGCCUGGCUCAAUGCAAGCCAUUCCGAAUUCCAGAGGACCUUUUACAAUUGCUCAGGUCUGCGGUGCAGCCAUCAUCCUAGGCAGCGAGGACCUCACAGGUGUUGGGGAACACCUCCCCAGGACAACCUGGCCCCCCAGCAUAUCCUCCGAGGCCACGACAGCUCCAUCACCGCAUUCGCCAUGUCGAACGGCGGCGGGCUGCUUGCCACGGGUCAGGGGGGCCCCCAGGCCGAUGUGAUGAUCUGGGACCUGGGGAGCCUGAGCUCCAAAACCAGGUUCUCGGAGCACAAUUUGGAGGUGUCGUCAUUGGCCUUUUCGCAUGACGACCGGUUGCUCAUGUCAGCGUGCUGCCGCAAGGGCGCUAAGCUGGUCGUACUGGAUACGGCCACCAUGAAGGUCGUCACGCGGGCCCCCCUGGAGCCGCUCAAGCUGAUAACCGCCGCCGCCUGGGCUCACGGGACGGCUGCCGGCGGCCGUACAUACACGUUCGCGACAGCGGCGGCGGCGGAUGUUACGAUCUGGACACUGGACCCUUACUCGGGACAGAUCUCCGGGAAACAGGUGGUGCUCGGCUCCAUACGGCGCGAGUACACGAGUCUGUUGUUCUCCCCGGACGGCAACUGGCUGUACUGCGGUACGGCAAGCGGUGACGUGGUCACCAUUAACGUGCAGCGCAUGAGUGUGCAGGUAGGGCUCUAUCACCCACACCCUCUCCUUUUUUUGGAUCCUCAGGAGCUGCCCCCCCCAUAUCCUCUCGUUGAGACCCACGUUUCAGACUAUCCGUCCCCACUGGCUCACCCAGUCUGUAGCGGUGGCGGUGUCGGUGGGCUGCUGCUGUCCCCGGAGGGCGGCGGCGCUGUCAUCGCCGCGGGUCGGGAUGGCAGUCUGUCCGCCUUCAACCCCGCAGGGGGUGCCUGGAGGGAGCUGAGGCCCUUCGCCGCCGCCCCGGGAAGCCACAUCACCAGCUUCUGUCUGAGCGCGGAUAGAUCCGCAUUCCUGCUGGGAACCACCCAGGGGGCCGUGCUCAGACUGGACCGAACCACCCUGCAGCUGCACACCCUCAGUCAGGCCCAGGGGGGCUGCACCACCGGGGUGGCCUUCGCCCCGGGGCAGAGCGACGCGGUGGCGGUCAGCUCGUCGGACGGCUCCGUAGCGGUGUGGAGUGUGCAGGACUUCACGAUGCAAUGUAAGGCCCAGGAGCCAUCCCAGGCGGGAGGGGCCUUAUGCUGCGCGAUGACACGUGAUGCAAUUGUCUCGGGUUGGGCUGACGGCCACAUCCGCUGUCAUGCCCGCACGGGCGGUGGUGCCCUGUGCGCCCCGCUGUGGGUCAUCCCUGGAGCCCACUCCCUGGCGCACUCAGUGGGGGUCACCGCGAUGAAAUUGGCACACGGCGGGGGCUUCCUGCUGACGGGGGGAGCGGGUGGAGAGCUGAGGUGCUGGGACCUCCGGAGCAGAGAGAUGGCCGCACACAUGAAGCUGCACAUGGAGAAGCUGGUGGACGUGGCGGUGAUGGCGGACGACAAACAUGUGGUUGCAGCCUCCGAGGACCGCUCCUGGAGCCUGUGGGAGCUGGGCUGCGAGAAAGCCCGAGUCACCUGGCGGAGCAACUCCAUGAUACGCGGGCUGGCGGUGUCGCCUGAUAAGGCAAGAGAUGGGAUUGGGUGGGGGGUAUCGGUUGUGACCAUCACCCUGGACCGCAAGGUGCAAAUGUGGGACGUGCGAGGACCCGAGCCCCGCUGGACCAAGGUGGAGGCUCACGGCGUGGAGGGCGGAUGUGUGGCCAGUGACAACCGGGGUGUCGUGUUCGCCACUGGCGGCGCGGACAACGCUGUCAAGGUAUUUGACUGGCACAACGGCAAUGAGGUGGCGGCAGCGACCGUCCACUCAGCUCCGGUGGCCAAGUUGGCUUUCAGCCCGGACGACCGAACCAUUGUGUCGGUGGCCGUAGACGGCACCCUCGCAUUCUGGCAGCUGAUGCGAUUUCUCUCGCAACAACAGCAAGUUAAUCCCAGCCCUCAUCCUCCUCUUCCUCGUCCCGUGCACACAUACAAAAAUGUAUUGGUAGCCACGCAUCCGUAA